AUGCCGAAGAAGUUCACGGGUGAGAAUUCGAAAGCGGCGGCAGCGCGCUCACGUAAAGAGGCUGUGAAGAAGGAGCAAGCUGAGAAGAAGAAACAGGCUGAAGAGGAUGCGUAUUGGCGUGACGACGAUAAGAGUGUUUUGCGGAAACAACAACGCAAGGAAGAAAUGGAGCGAAAGCGGCAGGAAGCGUUACAGCGUAAGCAAGAGAAUCGACUUGCCCAUGACGAGGAAAUGAAUUCGCUGGCCGGCAAAGUUGCAUCCAACGCGGCUGCGAAAGUAAUCUCUUCCAGUCUAAUUUACCACCUUAACAGCAAGCAUUUUCCGGUUGGAAUUCAGGUAACACAAGCACAUAUCGAGGCAGUGAAGCGUCUUGAAGAAGAGCAACGAAAAGAAGAAGCGAAAGAAAGACUUUUGAAGGAGAAGAAAAUCGAGUCUGAGGAUGGAGAACUCGAAGAGAACGUGAAUCGACUCGAAACAGACGGUGAAACAGCUCGUUCAGUGACGGAAGCCAUUCAGUUACUUUCUACGGAUGGUGAUUCUGUAGACAGGCAUCCAGAAAAACGGAUGAAAGCUGCUUAUUUGGCAUUCGAGGAACGUUUAAUGCCACGUUUGAAGGAGGAGCACCCAACCUUCCGAUUAUCCCAGCUAAAGCAAUUGCUAAAGAAAGAAUGGCAAAAGUCACCUGACAAUCCGCUGAAUCAAAAAAUUCUCAACAUUGUGCAAUGA